AUGCUCCGACGCUACCACUUCAAAACCUACCAUUCAUCAAUCAUUUCCGCCUUUCCUCCAAAAUGCUUCGUUCAAAUACCAUCAAUCCAUCGUUCUGUGUUGCCGCCGCCGUCGCCGCCGCUUCAUCUUAUCAUGCUGAUAACGCUUGACUAUACUGCGCUCAUCACGCGCAGCACACCAGUUCAUACGCAGGACUUAUGA